ACACUAAUUUAUCGCUAAGUUACUUAUUGUUAAGACUAUAAGGUCCAUAACUAACAUAUUUUUCAGAUAAUUCAUCUCUAGUUUUUGCUAAUUUGUAACGAUGAGUUUUAUUAUUUAGUUAUAAAUUUUAUUUAUUUAGCAGUACAAAGUGUCCACCGCUGGACUGCACCAUUCAGGUUUGCACUGCAUAUGGCCUUGCUUAGUGGAGAAAACUACCAGCACCAAGUUUUCCAUUUGUCAGGUACAUGCAAACUGAUGCUUGCUAGUAACAAGUUGUCAACUCAUAAAUCAAGAAUGAAAAGAGAGUUCAGUGAGCUUUAUUAUGGUUGUAAUAAACAAGAUGUGCAUGGAUUUGAGAAUAUUAAUAUGGUGCCAUCACUGGAUGAUGAUCAUAUUCAAAGUCAGCAGCAACAUCCUACUGAUUUUGAUCCUAUGGAUGAUACAGAUAUUUGGCUCAAUGGAAAUUUUCCAACUGAUUUUACUUCUCUUCAAGAUUUUCCAUGCAUGUCCUCUUCAUCCUCAACUUCCAAUUCCCUUCCUACGGAAUCUGAUCCAUCUUCAUGGGCAGUUCCAAAAUGUGAUACUGGAAAAGAUUUCGACACGAAAAUGGACACAAUUGGCAACCAAGAAUGUGUACAUGUGAUGGAAAAUCUUGGAUACAUGGAUUUAGUAGAUGGGGAUCAUGAAUUUCUUGACCCCAUCUCUUUCUUCAGUGGUGAAAGUUCACAGGAGAAUCAACAACAGAAAGGAGGAGGGGAUGAUCAAAAGGUAUCUAUUUUUCAAGGGGAUAGUGAGCUAGCACUGAUGUUCUUGGAGUGGCUAAAGCAAAACAAAGACUACAUUUCUGCUGAAGACAUGAGGAGUAUUAAGCUCAAACGUUCAACGAUUGAAAGCGCUUCGAGGCGAUUGGGAAGUACUAAAGAAGGGAAAAAACAGCUGUUGAGGCUCAUCCUUGAUUGGGUUGAACAGCACAGGUUGCAAAAGAAACAAAUGACAGAAGCACAAGCCAUUAAUCAAAUGACCCUUCAGAACACCGCCCAUUGUAAUAUUGAUCCAAAUACGUGUUUUUAUCCUCCUCAAUGGAUGGCAAAUCCGGCUUACAACGCCCCUUUAGCCGAGCCGAUGCAAGGGUACAUUAUUGGUGAUCCUUUAUUCGCGCCGCCUUUUAAUCAUACAACGAGUGUAAGUUCAAGUUCACCAGCUUCAACAGAAUAUCAACCCAUGGACACUUGUCAAUCCUGGUCUUCGUCUCAAUUUACGAUGGCGACCGCUUGUCAGUACAAUCAGUUUCCUGAUAAUGAUAAUACUAAUGUUGAUGCUACCGAUGUAACUGAUCAAUCUCGAGCAUUAUUCACUACUCAAUAUACGUACCAGCUUUUCGAUGGGCAUGGUGAGAGAUUGGCAAGGUUUGGUUCUUGUGCUACUAAAGAGGCUAGGAAGAACAGAAUGGCUAGGCAGAGAAGAGUACCGUCGCACCAUUUUCGCCAUCAGACUCAGAAUCAAAGACAGAUUAGUAAUGAGCAAAGUGUAAUGAUGGGUGGACAGAUUAAUAGUUGUGCAAUGUCUCAACCUAACAAUCCAGGAAAUUGGGUAUACUGGCCUUCUGCUGCUGCUGCUGCUGCUGCUACACCAAUUGUGAUGGUUCCACAGGCUGAUGCUCCACAAUCACUUCCAAUGGAGAGGCGAGCUUCACAGAAGCAUGGGUCGACAGACAAAAAACAGGCUUGCAGCAGAACAGAGAAGAAUCUGAAAUUUCUCCUGCAAAAAGUACUGAAGCAAAGUGAUGUUGGUAGUCUAGGAAGAAUUGUGUUGCCAAAGAAAGAAGCAGAAACUCAUCUCCCACAACUUGAAUCAAGAGAUGGAAUUUCCAUUGCCAUGGAAGACAUUGGAACUUCUCGUGUUUGGAACAUGAAAUAUAGGUAUUGGCCAAAUAACAAAAGCAGGAUGUACCUUCUUGAGAACACAGGUGAUUUUGUUCUAGCUAAUGGACUUCAAGAAGGUGAUUUCAUCGUAAUAUACGCUGACAUAAAGUGUGGAAAAUAUUUGAUACGAGGAGUAAAAGUGAGGCCGAAUGUAGCAAAAUCAGACGGCAUGCAACCCGCAAAGAAACACGUGCGUAAAACAGCUGCUGUUGCGUCCCCUCCAGUUGCGCAAGCAGUUAGAUAGUCCAGCAAAAGAGAAAUGAAUCUCAAACAAGUGAGUAGUUGCUGUCAUCUUUUAUUUUACGAAUAGUAACAGAGUAUCUGUAAACUAGAAUUCUCUGUAGCCUGACUCAUGCAAACUAAAUGUUUAAGGGGUUCGUAAUUGUUAGUCAAGGCUACUGUCUAA